AUGGCAUCAGUGUCCAUAUCCAUGGAGGGUCCGGUGUGUCUGGUGGACAAUGGACCUGAUGGGAAGAUGAGUGUCCAGCAGGGGGCACUGCAGAUCCUGCAGCAGAUCCAGCAGCCGGUGGUGGUGGUGGCUGUGGUGGGGCUCUACCGCACGGGGAAGUCCUACCUCAUGAACCGACUGGCUGGGAAGCAGACAGGCUUUGCUCUGGGCAGUACCAUUGAGUCCAAAACCAAAGGCAUAUGGAUGUGGUGUGUACCUCACCCAAACAAACCAGGACACACCCUGGUGCUGCUGGACACUGGGGGACUGGGGGACGUGGACAAGGGAGACUCCAAACACGACACCCAGAUCUUCUCUCUGGCUGUUCUGCUGAGCAGCACUCUGGUCUACAACAGCAGAGGAACCAUUGACAACAGAGCAGUGGAGGAGCUGCAAUAUGUAACAGAAUUGGCAGAUUUCAUCAAGGUGAAGUCCUCUGAUGAAGUUGGAGAAGAUACAGAGUUUGUGAAAGUCUUCCCCACGUUCAUCUGGGCUGUGAGGGAUUUCACUCUGCAGAAAAAGAUUGACGAGAAAGAUAUCUCAGAUGAUGACUACUUAGGCUUCGCUCUUCAGUUGAAACCUGGUACUGGGAGGAAAGUGACUGAUUACAAUCUUCCUCGAGAGUGUAUCCAAAAGUACUUCCCAUCCCGAAAGUGUUUCAUCUUCCCAUUCCCAACCCAUCCAGAGAGGGUGAUGCUACUGGAUACCUUGAAUUGUCCUCAACUAGAUGCAAAAUUCCUGGAGGUCUCAAAGCGAUUUUGCGACUUUGUUUUCGACAAUAGUCCAGCGAAGAAGCUGAGUGAUGGCUACACUGUCAACGGCAGAGUUUUUGCUGGUCUAGUGAAGACAUAUGUGGACACCAUAGCCAGUGGGGAUGUCCCAUGCCUGGAGAAUGCGGUGGUUGCCAUGGCACAGAUUGAGAAUGAGGCUGCUGUGAAGAAGGGCCUGGCAGAAUACAAGGAUGGACUGAUGAAGCUGAAGAGACGCUUCCCAGUGUUCCUGAAGGAGAUCACUUCUGAGCACCAAGGCGUUAACAAGCUCGCCAUAGAGACCUUCAUGAAGAGCUCUUUCAAAGACGACGACGGGAAAUACAUGCAUUCCCUGGAGGAGGCCAUCAAGAAGUCAUUCAGUAGCUUCCUCCAUCAGAAUGAGCAGGCAUCUGUGAAGUCAUGCCAGGGUAUCAUCUCAGACCUGUCCGGCCCAAUGAGAGCCAAAAUCCAACAGGGGGCUUACACCAAGGCUGGAGGUUACAAGCUCUUUGAAAAGGACCUGGAGGACAUUGUGGAUAACUACAACAUAACAACUGCAGGAGCCGUUAAGGCUGAGGAGGUGCUUGAGGAGUUUCUAGAACAGCGGAAGCAGGAGUCUACUGCCAUCCUACAAGCUGACAAGCGCCUGAGUAAAAAGGAGAAGGAAAUAUGUGAGCAACGUGAGCAGGGCCUGCUGAUGGAGCAGAAGGUGCGAGCUGCUGAAGAGCAACAGCGCCUCCUGGGGGAGAAGAUUGAAGCUGAGCGCGCAAGCUCAGAGGAGCGCAUUCGACAGCUCAAUAGCAAGAUGGAGGAGGACAUGGCUCGCCAAAAGAAAGAGAACGAUGCAGCCAUGGAACGCAAACUACAGGAACAGGCUAGGCUGCUGGAACAAGGCUUCAAGGACAAAGCAGACAAGAUGCAACUGGAGAUGAACGAGUUGAACAGGAAGGCAGAGGAAGCGGCCAAAUCACGCAGUGAGGAGUUUGCAAACAUGAUGGCGGCCAUGGACCGCAGACACACGGACUCCAUGAAGAUGAUGAAUGAGCAGCUAAAGUUGACACGCGAAAUGAUAGCAAAUCAAAACAAAAGAGGACGCAAACGCUGCUGCAUCCAAUGAAACCCAUCUGUAACACAAUCAUCAUCCCAUCACACACUAAUACAUCUAAUAUAGCCCGAUUCACACUGGAUUCACACCAAU